AUGUAUAGGAGGAAGAAAGAGAGCGAGAGAGUGAAGGGUGGGGUGGCAGGUCUGUAUGAUGGAGCAGAGGUGGUGCUGGGGCCAGACUCAGGGCUGCAAGAGCCUGGCCCUGAGCAGCAGUUCAUCAACCAGAAGAUGAGACCUGGUUCUGGUGUGCUGUCGGUCCAGGUGCUGCCAGAUGGACCCACACGUGUCUUGCAAGUCAGUGACUUCAACCAGAGGAGAAUGAUCCGGACCUCACCCAGCACAGAGCAGGACAGGGGCAAAGAGGAUGUGAAAAAGGGGGAGCCUGAGCAGGAGCUGGAGGUGUUGGUGAACAUGGAGGAAGGUCUGGGUGUGUCUCUGGUCAGCAAGGUCCCUGAAGAGCUUGUGUUCAUUACUCUGUCUGGUAUAGAUGUCCACUUCACCCGCACUGCUGCCAACGAGGUGUUGGAGCUCAGCAUUCAGAACAUCCAGGUGGACAACCAGCUGCUGGGUACCACCCAACCUGUGAUGCUGUGUGUGACACCAAGCUCCAGUGACAGCAGUGUCAAUGACAGCGGCCCAGCCCUGCAGGUCAAUGCAGUCAAGAUUCCCAGCAGCCUCAUGCUCACUGAUCUGUACAAGCACCUCAUGGUGACGGCCAGGCGCUUCACAGUCAUCAUCGAGGAGAAACUGUUGCUCAAGCUGCUCAGCUUCUUUGGAUACGGACAGACAGAAGCUGAGCUGGAGAAAUUGGAUGAAAACAUCUACGAGAAGCACAAUGAGGAUGCAGGACCUCCCAAACGUUACUACUUUGAGAACCUGAAGAUCAGCCUCCCUCAGAUCAAACUGAGCGUCUUUACCUCCCACAAGUUGCCUCCUGAUCUCAAGGUGAAGACACGAAGCUGGAACUCACUGUGGCUGGAGAGUAGGAAACCCCGUAGCUCGAGGAACCGACAACACGUGUGGAAACGUCGUCGGGGAAAACGCUGGGUCGUGGUCGGGGACAGGCAGGGGAUCCGUAGCCGAGGAAACAGUCCGAGGAUGCAACGGUACCGUCGAGGAGCAGGCUGA